AUGAACUCUUCCACCCAACACCUCAUAUCACCACUCCUCCCUUUACCUAUGUUUUCUUCCAUGAAAGUUUUCAUGGCUACUGUUCCAAAAGUGAAAAUCACUUAUCUAGGCGAUGGCGUCGGCUCUUUCACGGAUGGUGCAUCACUGGUGGAGAUGAGGAAGGUGCUUCUAGGUGUGCCUAACCCUCGCGACCUCACCUCAUUGUCUCAUUUCGACACUUCCUGCUCCUCUUUCACGCCGCUUUCACUCCUCUCCCUCAACCAGUCAACCCAGAAGAAGCGACCUCGACGGCUCAAAGCCUCAAACCCAGCUAUCUCUUCUCUUCUCGAGAGAAGAGUCAAUUCACUCUCUCAGUCUCUCGUUUCUGACCAGAUCGGCCAAUCGGGGGAAUAUUUUUAUGGGCUUGGGCGGACUCUUCAAGACAACAUGAUGGAGUAUUGUAUUGGAAUUAUUGAAUUGAAUUUGAUGAUGAUGGUGGGUGAGAAACAGAGAAAGUAUGGGUUGUGGAAGGGAGCUAUGGAAGGGACAUCUGACUUUUAAGGCCAAAUAGUGAAACCGGCCCACACCGAAACCGAAACCGCACCGAACUGGAUUUCGGUGUAACCGAAGAAUUCGGCCUAUGAUAAAAAAAAGCGGUUGCGGUGUGGGAAACAAGCAAACCGUUUAAUGCGGUUCGGAUGCGGGUUGGGCUUCAAACCGAUCCGCACCUAACCGUGCCCAG